GGUGAGUCUGCGUGUGGCAAGCACAUGUGUAUGUGAGAGAUGGAAAAUGCUUGUAAAAUAAGAGUUUUAAAUGGAAACACAUAUUCGGCGGCCCGUGUAGUUGUUGUGCUGCUCAUUCAAUUCUAGUUAGUUUUGUGCAAGGUUUUCAGUCGCGAUGUCCGGAGGAGGUCGCGGCCGAGGCAGAGGACAAUUCACUUUUAAUAUCGAAGCUAUCGGCUUCUCCCGAGGCGAAGCUUUACCUGACACUGGAUGUCAACCUCUCCCUUUAUUUCCGCCCACAGAAUUUAAGCCUGUCCCCUUGAAUACAGGGGAAGAUGUAAACUACAUCCUGGCCUUGAAGCAGGAGCUAAGAGGAGCCUGCAAGAAACUGCCUUACUACAUUGAAAGUGCCAUUGCAAAGAGAGAUGUUGAAAGAUAUGCACACAAGUAUCAAGAAAAAGAUUGCAGUGAGGAUUGGACACCAGAUUGGAGGAGACUUCCAAGGGAGCUAAAGCCGAGAGUCAAAAAGUUUAAAAAAACAAAAACUAGUAGAAAUAUACCCUUGGACUUAAAAAUGAAAAAACCGCAAGCUGUAGUUAACAAAUCUAAUGAGGAUGUAAUACAGACACUGGAGGUUCUAGAGAAGAAGGAUACAGAAAAUAAAUCUGAUGAAGAAACUGAAGAAAAGGAGAAAGAAAAAAGUGAUGAAGAGGGUGAAGCUGUGGAUGAAGAAUAUGAUGAGGAGGAAUGUGAAGAGGAAAAUGACUACAUUGCAUCAUACUUUGAAGAUGGAGAUGACUAUGCAGCUAGUGACGAUAAUAUGGAUGAAGCUACAUACUAGUAGUGCCUGACAUCAUAUGCAAUUAAUAUAUACUGUGAAAGUAUUCAACGUUUUAGUAGGAUUAUUUUAACUUUCCUCAGGUCACUGCAAGAUUUUGUUUUGUACAUGCAAAGGAAUCCAAUAUGAAAUAUUGUUUACAACAAAGAUAAAUGGGUUCCACCUAAGCCUCAAUAAGCAUACAUUAGUGCUGGUCAUUUUGGACUGGUUUAUUGAAACAGAUCUUACUUUAAAUGCACUUGGGUUAGUAGUUGCACUAGCAUUCAUGUACUAUUAUAUAAUUAUGCAAGUCUUGUAGGAAAGAGGAACAUGUCAAGCUAUCUUCCUUGGUGGUAAUUUGCAUGUCAACACUUUCAGAUAAUGGUUAUUGACAGUGAUCAUUGGUGUUUAUUAUGAACCCUAAAAUCCAGUCAGUGAAAGUAGACUGCUUUAUUGCAUCUUUGGUGCUAGAAUGAGUCAGUUCUCUUUGCUGGUUCUGACUUGAACUAGCAUAAAUAAGUGUUCAAAGCAAUAGGUUGGAAUAAAUCUGAUUCAGACUUACUGAGUUUUAGGAGUGAUUCAGCUGCUCUCAGUAGCUUAAAAACCAUUAUAGAGUUGUGAUUAUCAUUAAGAAAUGCAAUCAUGUUUACAGAAACCAAUUGCCUCCAUUGCCCGGGCAUGUAACCUACCUCUUAAAAUUACAACUGCACUGCACAAGUAUAUGUCCUUGGGUUCUUCAAACCUCCAGAUUUGUAUCACCUUUUCAAUAAAAUUUGUUUAUAUGUCGCGCCAGAGGAGAUACAAUAAUAGUAAAAUGAUUAGUGGCUUUUUUUAAAAAGAAUGAGGCAGUCCAAUUUGGCCAAGAAUGCAAGUAUGAAUGUAUGUACUUGUCACUACCCACUGACCUAUGUUAAUUUAAAGGAGUACAAACAGCAUUGAAUCGUGAGAACAGAUUUGAUUGAUUGUUUUCAAAUACACUAAUAUAUGAAUAAGAAUGUAGGAAAAUACAGGAUAGAAAAGGCUAUGUAGUCCACCUUUCUAGUCCCCAAAUUCUAAUACCCCUUAAUUCCCCACCCUGUCAGAUAUAUAUUAAAUUUCCGGUGGUCCCUGCACAAUCUGUACCAUAUGUUUAGCACACUCUCGCCAUAAAGUAAUUAAAUCCAGACUGUGCAACUUUUUUUAAGCUUGAGCCUACAUCUGCUGGAAACCUGUUUAUCUAUUCCAUUAUGAAUUUGGAAUGAUCCCUCACUGAGUUUUCACUUCACCACAAUAAAUAAUUCCAAGCUCUCCAACCUACAUUACUUGGCUUAUGUUAUCUGAGCUUUAACAGUCUGGUUGCCCUUUUUUUUUUGGAGGCAUUGCAGUGCCUCCAAUGGCUGGGUAUCUUUGCUAGAGUAUGGCAACCAAGGUUGUACAUUAUACAGCAAGUAUGGAUGUAUGAGUGCCUCAUUAUCACCGCUUGGGAUACUUAUUCCAUCAUUCAGUUAGCUUUACUUACUGUUGUUGCACUGUUGUGUUGGUUCAGUGAGCUGUCCAUCAGAAUGACCAAUUCUUCUCCUGUAGCCCAGAGUGGUUUAGUUUAUAUUUACACUUUUAAUUCCCUUCCCAAGUUUUAUUACCCACCUAUCAAGCCCGCCUUCCCUAUCUAUGCCCAUGGCUGCUUUAGUGACCCCCUUAGUAUUGUUGAAUCUUUAUUCACUACCAUUAUUUAUUUUCUCAUAUUUCACCAAUAUUCAAUCCACUUUUUUCCUGUUUCAUGACAUGAUCAAAAGCCUUGCUGAAAUCAUAUCCACAGAAUUUUGUUGUCAAGAAAAGACUGUGCCUUUCGCAUCCUCAAGACACCGCAAAACAUUUCAGAUGAUGAAUUACUUCUGAAGUGUAAUCGUUGUUUUGUAGACAAACACAGCAAGGUCGCAAAAAUGACAAAAGGUAAAUAAUCUGUUUUAGAAGCAUUGGAUGAGAAAUAAAUGUUGGUCAUGCACUGGGAGAACUCCCUGCUGAAGUUAAAUAUUUUUGAUUUACUCAUUCUCUUUUCCAUACUAAUUUUAAUCAUAAAUUUUAACUUACUGAUAAUAAGAUUUCCAAGAUAUCCUUUAAACUCCUGGUUAUUAUUUAACAUCAGGUACAAUAUUUUUGAAUGGAAGAGAAUAUAUUUCAGUCAAUCUGCUGGCCUCUUCUAUGUAGUAUAUAGCCAUGGAACAAAGAAACAAUUUUCUAAAAGGAAAAUAGUGGUCUGACUGGAAGGAAUGGAAUUACCCUGAGGUUAUUAAUAAACUAAUGACUUCAAAAUAGAAGUGCAGUAUUAUUUUGCCUUAACUUUUUUCAAUGGGUUUUGUUUGAAGAAAAUCAGUGUACCAUGGCUUAUUUGCAUUUGAUUUUCUAUAGGACAUAUUUUUAUGUGCAGAAUAAAUGAUUGGUAUUUGCUAUAAAGUUUGCCAAAUGUUGAAAUUUCUGUAAAUCGUUUAAUUAUUUAUUUUGAGGAUCUAAUUUCUAAUAUGAUUUGUUUUGAUGAUGUAAACUUAACAUACCUCUGUAAUAUUCUUAAUGCCUUAAUGUUGCAUUAAUAAAGUAUUUGGAUAUCAAAAUUCUCAUAA